AUGGUGAAUCUGGAGCCCAUGCACACAGAUAUCAAGAUGAGUGGGGAUGUGGCAGAUUCCACGGAUGCUCGCAGUGCCCUCAGCCAGGUGGAGACAGGAAAUGAUCGAAAUGGUCUAGAUUUCAACAGACAGAUUAAAACUGAGGACCUCAGUGACUCCCUGCAGCAGACCCUCUCGCAUCGGCCAUGCCACCUGAGUCAAGGACCUGCCAUGAUGCCUGGAAACCAAAUGUCCGGGGUAAAUGCCACCCCAUGCCAGGGAGCCCUGAUAGACAUGACCUCCCUCCAUCCGCUCCAGCAGCUCGUGCUGGUUCCUGGCCACCUACAGUCUGUAUCCCAGUUCCUGCUAUCUCAGACCCAAUCUGGGCAGCAAGGUCUGCAGCCAAAUCUUCUCCCCUUUCCACAGCAACAAAGCUCUCUCCUCCUCCCGCAGACUGGGCCAGGCCUGGCGUCCCAGGCAAUUGGGCGCCCUGGGCUACCAGGAUCUUCUUUAGAACCUCAUCUGGAAGCAUCCCCACAUCUCCCAGUGCCCAAGCAUCUACCCAGCUCUGGAGGGGCUGACGAGCCCAGUGAUCUGGAAGAGCUGGAGAAGUUUGCCAAGACCUUCAAGCAGAGACGCAUUAAGCUGGGCUUCACACAGGGAGAUGUGGGGCUGGCGAUGGGAAAGCUUUACGGCAACGACUUCAGCCAGACCACCAUCUCGCGAUUCGAGGCCCUCAAUCUGAGUUUCAAGAACAUGUGCAAGCUCAAGCCGCUACUGGAGAAGUGGUUGCACGAUGCAGAAACGUCUCCAACAGACCCCUCGAUGAACACCCCCAGCUCUUUCCCCACCCUCAAUGAAGUGUUCGGUAGGAAGAGGAAGAAACGGACCAGCAUCGAGACCAAUAUCCGCCUGACUCUGGAGAAGAGAUUUCAAGAUAACCCCAAACCCAGCUCCGAGGAGAUCUCCAUGAUUGCAGAGCAGCUGUCCAUGGAGAAGGAAGUGGUAAGAGUCUGGUUCUGCAACCGACGUCAGAAGGAGAAGCGAAUCAACUGCCCUGUGACCACACCCAUCAAAUCACCUGUCUACAACUCCCGCCUGGUCUCUCCCUCUGGGUCUCUGGGCCCCCUCUCUGUCCCUCCUGUUCACAGCACCAUGCCUGGAACAGUAACGUCAUCCUGUUCCCCUGGGAACAACAGCAGGUCUUCAUCUCCUGGCUCAGGACUCCAGGCCAACAGCCCCACUGCAUCUCAAAAUAACUCCAAAGCGGCAGUGAGCUCCUCCAGUUUUAACUCUUCGGGAUCUUGGUACCGAUGGAAUCAUCCCACCUACCUCCACUGAGGCCAAAAAGUUUCUCCGAAUCCACCUGGCCCUGCAUGUCCCCCUGGGAGGAAGGGAAUCACGCCCUCUCUGUAUGGACAGAUUACUGUCAGAAGAGAGGAAGAGAAUCCCCACUGUCAACCCAAACUCUUGCUUCUUCAGGAGUGAGGGUCUCCAGAGAUCCCAACUGUGACUAAACCAUGCGCUGGCUCCUAGUGCUCUUGAAUCACAUCCCCCCCCCAACCAGGUGUUAACCAUUUUCACCUUCUCUCCCUGUGCUCCAAUCCUCUAGUUUCAAAUACUUCACACGGCUUCCCUGUGGCAGUAGUCUUUCUGAGAAAGGACACCUUGCCGUUAUUUUCCAACUCAUCUGUGGGCCUCUGGGGACAGCAGUUUGCCCGGUGUGCCAAACAACCAGAAGGAGAGAUCAUGGUUUUGACUCCAAACUUGGCCACAAUCUCUGAACCAAUCUCUAAAAUCUGUGAAAAGAUUGGAAUCUGACGUCUCCACCAAAGCCUGGAUGCUCUCUCUGUUGAGCAAACUUUUCUGACUGACUCUUCAUUUCACCCCAUGUUCUCUGUAGCCCCGCCCCCUUUUCUAGAACCAAAUCCACUCAUGAUGGCCUUUCCCAGGAUCCCUCCUCUUUACAGAAGGCUGAGCCACCCUCAGUCCCCUGGGCGCAAUUCUCUGCCCACAGGUGCUCUUCUGUGUUCUACACCUGCCCCAGAGUUCAGGAGUGUUUAUUCCUUCUCUCCUUCCUUGUCCUUAUCUGGUCCUCUCUCCCUUCCCCUGGCUGCAGGAGGAAGAACAGAAAAGCAAACACGUAACAAUUAUGUUGGCAAAAUACCUGUAUAUAGCCCCUUCCUGUUUUUGCAGCUACGUUCUCUCCUUAAUGUGGAAAUUUCCAGCUAAAUGUUUUACUCAGGUGUGAAUUUUGAAGAUAUCUCUGUAAUAUUUUAUCUCCUUUUUAAAAAAAGAAAAAGAAAGGAAAAAAAUGCCAAAGUGUGAAAUACUGUGCUAGCUUCCACAAGAGAGUUCCCACAUGGGCUGGGAAUAUUUGUUGACUUCUCGGGAACAUUAUCUCUAGUCUCCUUCUUUGUGGGCCAGUGUGUAGAGAUGUAACAUGAAGCCAUUCCAGAAAUGGUAA